AUGUCGACCACAACCGCAAAACAGCCUGCCAAGGUCGUCAUGCCAUCUGUGCUGCCAAAGAAUAGAGAAGAGAAACCUUGGUACAUGUAUAUUACCUUGGAUCUUGUUCUCGGAAUCUUGUCUCGGAGCAUAUUUCAUCCUGCCAUAGUGCUAAUCUUCUGGCUUUGUCUUGCUGCUGUGCCACCUCACCACCACAGACAUCCACUGGGCAACCCGACACUCUAUUACGCCUCUUUUCUCCUGUUCGUUCGGUUCCUCUUGCUGAUGAAUCAUCGCAUAGCAUAUGGCUCGCCUCGCAAGGUGGAUUGGAACAAGGAAGUCGUGGUCAUCACUGGGGGCGGUACUGGACUGGGCCGGACCAUUACUGAACUGCUGCUCAUCAAACAUCGAGGUGUCAAAGUCGCAGUCAUUGACGUAAAGGACCCUGAUGAAUCACAACGAGCUUGGAUGAAGAGUGACAGUGAGUUCCAAGGUCGUUUCUCAUGGCAAUGUAUAGACGUUCGUAACAAUGCCGCUAUGAAGAUUGUUGCUGGGCGGAUCAAGGAAGAGCUUGGUACUCCUACUAUUUUGAUCAAUAAUGCUGCAAUGGCAGUGAACGGUCUCGCCUUAGUGGCUUCUGGGUAUGAUGCAGCUUUGAGCAGCCAACAAGCAGAGCGCACUAUCCUCACCAAUACCGUUGGCACUUUCAACGCCUUGUCUGCGAUGCUGGGAGAUUUGACCCGAGCUGCUGAGAACGGUAAUGGUGCAACAGUCGUUAUCAUUUCGUCCCUACUGGCGCACUUGUCGCCUGCCCGCCUGUCAGACUAUGCAGCCUCCAAAGCAGCAUUGUCCUCGAUCCACAGAACCCUUACUGCAGAAGUCGCAGCUAAUCCUGACAAACAGAUUCAAGACAAGGUCAAGACUGUGCUGGUUGAGCCUGGUCAGAUACACACACAAUUGUUCGCAGACAUCACUAAGGUACCAUGGUACGCCAACUUCUUCGGACCUAUCCUGGAGGUACACGAGGUUGCGAAAGCUAUCGUAAUGCAGCUGGAGACCGGAGACAGUGGUGUGAUACGUAUGCCCUUUUACAGCAAAUGUAUGCCAAUAUACGAUGUGAUGCCAGCAAGUAUACAGAAGUUUAUGAGGUGGUUUAGUGGAAUUGACUCGGCAAUUGUGACCGCUAAGCGACAAAGUCGGAUCACCUAA